CUGAUUUUCAUUUAAAGAAUGCCGUCCUUCCCUAGCUUGCCACGCUAGAUUUCCUUGCCAUGUAGCACUUAUACUAUAUCAUAUUCUAGUAUAAUGAUGAAAGCUUGCUAGUACUUAUCAUCUUAACACCAUAUAUUUUCAUUUUGUAAUGUAUAAGCAUUAUAUAUUCCAAAACUUUUUCGAAGUUACACAAAAAGGUGCUAUCAUAAUCAUGUAUAAAUAAAAUAAAAUAAUGUUUGGAGAUGAGAAACUACAGAUCCUAGCUUACAAUAUCUAAAAAAAAAAAAUUAAUUAGAAGGUAGAGAUCAAGAGAUGGAUUCAGAUCAACCCAACAAAAUAAGUCAUCAUCAGAAUUGCAUUAUUAAUUAUAAUGGUAAUGUUGUUCCUCUUUUCUCUGAGUUGCUCGAGAUGUGCAGCUCAUUCCAAAUCCCAUUUUUCCAAUCUUCUACUGACCACGAUGAUGAAGCUAACAUUAUUAAUAAUAGCAGUCAUCAUCAAAGAGUCCAUGAAGAAGAUAAUCAGAAGGUGGAGACUUGUUACUCACAGCAGAAAGAUCAAAAGCAGUACUACUCAUCAGCAGAUCAAACUGUUUUCAAUUCUUCUGAAUUAUCUUGCGAAAAUGUAAGUGGGAUAAUAAAAAGUAGUGGAAAACAACGACUGAAAUGGACUCAAGAUCUUCAUCACCGAUUUGUGGAAUGUGUAAAUCGCCUUGGUGGUGCUCAAAAGGCAACCCCAAGAGGAGUACUAAAACUAAUGAACUCAAAGAUGUUGACCAUCUAUCAUGUCAAGAGUCAUUUGCAGAAAUAUCGAUGUUCAAAGUAUUUCGAAGAAUAUACAAAGGGAAAAGUUGAUAAUAAGAGAUUUACUUCUUGUGACACGCCUCAGUUGGAUAUGAAAAUUGGAUUAAUACAAAUCACGGAGUCAAUAAAACAAGUCAAUAAGAGACUUCAAGAACAAUUAGAGAUUCAACAAGAUCUGCAGUUGAUGGUUGAAAAACAAGGGAAGCAACUUCAAAUGAUAUUUGAGCACCAAAAAAAGACCAACAAAAAGUUCUUCAUGAUCAACUCAUCAAAGUCUCCCAUGCAAGUUAUUAAUACUACUGAUCCUAGCUUAAAUACUGGUCACUAUUUCUCCAUCGCAGAAGAUUCUGGUAGUUCCCACUUUUAAUCAGAUUUAUAUAUAACAUUAACAAAUAACAUUUCUAUAAUUAAGUAAACAUGAAAGGUCUUGGAAAUGGCAACCAAAAUGUAAUUUCAUUUGUAAAAUCUUAGUCCUUUACUGCAAACUUUGUCUCAGUCAAUAUACUAGUAAAAUUGAUAUUUAACCAUCUCUAUGCUUCACGUGGCAAAUUUGUCAUAAAAAUCGACAAAUAUUAUAUUUGGUACGUAUAAUUAAUGUUUUAAUUGUACUCAUUGUACUCUAAUACAUUAUAAAGUUAUACAAUUAAUACUAUUACUACUGUCACAAUUCCAGCCCUAAGC